AUGUUUUGCAAAAUUGUAUUACUACUGAUAAGCGGUUGCAUUUUUAUUAGAGCAGCAGAAUCUGACAGCAAAAUCGAUCCAAUUUUACAAUAUAAUGUGCACAGUGCUUUGAAGGAUACAUUCCACGCCAAGAAUAUGACAACUUUGAUAAAUACUAUUGCCGAAUUUUGGAACAUAUCAUCAGUGUAUGUAAUUUAUAAUUCCCGGAUAUCGGAAAAUAAUUUCCUUCAAGAUGUUUUGAAAGAAUUACAUCGGAGGCAUACCUAUUUACAUGGAUUGCCGCAAAUGUUGUUGCGUGACGUGGACAUAGAGAAACCUUUCUAUGAGAUUGCCGAUAUAAAUUCCAGUACUUUGGUAUUGACUCUGAUGAAUAGUGUCUAUGAUCAUGUGGUGGAGGCAACAGCGUAUGCUACACGUAAAUAUAGAUCCGUUUUUACAAUAUAUCUGCUACUCACCUAUACAUAUACGGAAGAUCAUCUCUAUUUAUUUGAACAAUUGUGGAGAUAUCAGCUGCGCCGACCAUUGGCAAUUGUCAAUGGUAAAGAUCUGCUGACUAUGCAGCCGUAUCCGGAAUUAGAAUUUGUUAAUGUGACGGGGUAUCCUAUGCGAAAUUGGUUUCCUAUUGUGGAAGGGGUUAAGGAUUUUAAGGGUUACAUUUUGCACAUGCCCGUACAAACUGAUAUACCGGCCACAUAUUUUUAUUUGGAUAGUCGUACACGAAAAUUUGCUGCCGAUGGUUUGGCUGCUUGGAUUGUGCGGGAGUUAAUGUCACGCCUCAAUGUCACCCUGGAGGUACGCCCUUUAAGUAUCGAAAAUUCCUAUAUUUUUAAUUAUCGUCGAAUUUUUGAAUUGCUGCGUAGUGGAGAGAUUGAGCUGAGUCCUCAUUUGGUGCCGACUAUUGGCCUUGACCCCAACAUUGAUUUUACUUACCCAUAUAAGACCACAUCCCGCUGCAUUAUGAGGCCACGGCCACAAACUUCGAAUAUUGUAUUUGUAAGUUUUAUCGAUUGGAAAUUGUGUGUGUUUUUGGCCAUAUUUGUGGCUAUAUAUGAGGUGCUGUACAAUACCAAGGUAGAGCGUGUUUACAGCUGCCAUCAACAUCGUUCAUUUUAUAUUCUAUGUAUUAUUUUGGGUAUCCCGGUACCACAUUUUAAAUUUGAACCCCCCUUGGGUAGAUUGCGUUGCUUUGUGUUCUUGCGGAUUUUGAUUAUCUAUUUUCUGAUUGCCUUCAGCGGAAAUUAUAUUUCACAAAUCUGCUCAAGUUGCCUAACUUCGCUGUUGACGGCAAAUUUACUCAACGGUCCAGCCACACAUUUGCGCGAUGUUUUCUCCGCCAAAGUUCCGAUAAUAAUGCGCCACUUUGAUGCCAAGGCUUUUUUGGAUUAUCAUGAAAUCAGUUCAGUGGACCUACCAUAUUUUAUUAAUUUUUCCAACCAAGAUGUUCAAAAAUAUCGUUCCCAACUCAAUCCCGCAUUUAUGUAUUUUGCGACCAGGGAGGAAUAUGCCGUGUUCGAUGAACAACAGCGUUAUUUGCAGACCAAACGUUUUCAAUUUUCAAGCGUAUGUCAUGGCCCAUAUCCGCUACAAUUUCAACUACGUGCCGAUAGUCAUUUCGGAAAUUUGUUUCAUUUCUUUAUUCUUCGUUUGCAUGAGUCGGGAAUAUAUGAUCAUCAAAAAAGUACGCUGUUUGAAAGGGCCCAGAAGCAGGGCAUAAUUAAUUAUGUACGUGACGGAGAUGGGCAGUUGCCACCGAAAACGACAACCACAGUUACAACUUUAUCGGCAAUGCUUUACGUCUUGGGUGUGGGUUAUAUCAGCAGCUUUAUGGCCUUUAUUUACGAAUUGUAUGGGGAAAAAGUAUGGAGUCAAAUCAAAAGGUUUCAUGUUCUACAAAGGAGUUCGAAGGACACAGUUGAGGUUUAA